UCCGUGACGUUUCUAUAGGGGCGUGGAAAGCAACUCUGGUUCGUAAGUUGAGCUCGUGCUCUUGUCCAUCCAUCCUCGAUCAGUCCUCUCUCGUCUUCUGUUUCUGUUUCCUUCUAAACUACGAAAGGGAUCAUUUUCCAACCCUAAUUUUGGAAUCUAAUCACAAGAUCCUUAAUUUCUCUCAAUUUUAUAUUGAUUUUAAUCAGCAAUGUCUACCUAAAAUCUAAAAAGGUUGCUUUCUCCCUGUUCUCUGUGCUGGAUAUCUGACUACAUCCAUGGAAGAGUCUUACAGCAACCUCCCUACUAGUCAUUUACUGGGCUCUGUUCCUGCUGUGGUCAGUGAAGAAAAAAGUACCACCACCUAUGUAGCCCCUGAAGCAAAUAUGCAAACAUUCCCUCCAAAUAAUAAUGGAGAAGGCAGCAGUCGGGGUUAUCAAACCCUUGGAAGUCCACCUGGUGCAACACCGGCUCCUGGUGACUCUUGCCCUCCUUCAUCUUCGCCUAUUCCGGUCUCGCCUUCAAUAGACGAUGCUACUCCUCCCAUUUCCAUCCAAAAAGAAGGAUUUGAGCAACAACCACCAAACAAUUGGAAAGGGGUAUUCAGUGUAUCAUCAUACACACAGUAUUUCAAUGUGGAUACAGACAUUGUCAUAAACAGAAUGAUGAGCUCUUUUUAUCCUAUUGGUGGGGAUUUUUUCAGCAAGAUUGAUGCAAACCCUGAUCUGUAUGGGCUUAUCUGGAUUUCAACUACAUUGGUCUUUGUGCUAGCUUCUCUUGGAAAUUGUGCCACCUACCUCAUACAGAAACGCGCUGACAGCAGUGCUUCUUGGAGCUUUGAUGUUGGAUAUGUAAAUGUGGCAGCAUGUGCAAUCUAUGGAUAUGCUAUUGUGGUACCAUUGGCAUUUUACUUCCUGCUUCAGUAUCUCGGAACAAAUGCUAGCCUCGUACGGUUUUGGUGUAUGUGGGGCUAUUCACUCUUCAUUUUUAUUCUGAGCUCUUUUCUGCUGGUUAUUCCAGUUGAGGUACUCCGCUGGAUCAUUAUACUUGCGGCUGGGAUCGACUCAGCAUGUUUUGUUGCUGUCAACCUCAAGUCCUGUGUUGAGGGGAAUGAUCUUACAAUUGUGGUGUUCGCGGCAUUCUUUCUGCAGCUAGCCCUGGCAAUCUUCAUCAAAGCCUGGUUCUUUCCCUAAGCCUUUUACUCUUACCACAUGUAUCUGCAACUUCAAAACACGAGCCUGAGGAAUUUUUCUUGAAGAUGAGUACAUGUUUUGUUGACAGUCUGAGUUGCUCUGUAGUUAGUAAAGAGACAGAUACAUGGGAAGGAAGAAAGUUGAGAUGUCUUUGACGAGUGGUAAUUAUUGUUGUUGCUAAUGGAGUUGAAUGGAAUGUGUUGGAUAUGGAUUUAGCGCAUAGCAUUUAGCAGGAAAAAGCAAGUAGAUGGGAAAAGCCAAUUGAUAAAUUUAAGUUCUGCUGGAACUUCCAUUUGUCACGAAACUAAUACUCUUUUGUCAGCAUGAAUUUUUCCACACUUGAACUUGGAUGUGUAAAUGUACAAAUGGCCUGGAGUGAUGUUUACAUUUUCUUUACUUCAUAAUUUAUUAUAGCAGCAAAGUGUCUCUA